GGACCCAUGUAUACAACAGCUACCAGUCAAAUUUUUAUACCAGACAAUUUAAGGUGUUCGUAUAGGGGCAAAAACAACCAUAUCUGCCUCUAUAAAACCACUCCAUCUUCCUCCAUUUCUCUGCAAAAUCAAAGCAUCAAUCAUGACACCAAGAGACACGUUUGCUCAUCUAGGAUCCAUAAUUGCCAGUUUGAUGUUUGUCUGGGCUGUUUUUCAGCAAUUCUUCCCGUAUCAGCUUCGAAAGUACAUCGAGAAAUACUCUCAGAGAUUGGUGACUUUUGUGUUCCCUUAUAUUCAGAUUACCUUCAAUGAGUUCACUGGGGAGCGUCUGAUGCGUAGUGAAGCCUACACUGCCAUCGAAAACUACCUCGCCUCCACUUCCUCCACGCAAGCAAAGCGGCUCAAGGCUGAUAUUGGGCGGAACAACCAGUCUGUUGUGCUUAGCAUGGAUGAUCACGAAGAAGUUGAGGUUGAAUUUCAAGGAAUCAAACUCUGGUGGGCUUACGGUAAGCAUGUUUCCAAGACACAGUCAUUUUCUUCCUAUCCUGUUACAGAUGAGAAGCGGUAUUACAAGCUCACUUUCCACAAACGCCACCGGGAUCUCAUCAUCGGAACUUACCUAAAACAUGUGGUGAAAGAGGGUAAGGCCAUCGGGGUGAGGAACAGACAGAGGAACCUGUACACAAACACCGGAUAUAGGUGGAGCCAUGUUGUGUUUGAGCAUCCAGCAACGUUUGAUACUGUGGCCAUGGAGCAGGGGAGGAAGAGUGAAAUUAUGGAGGACUUGAUUACAUUCAGUAAGGCUGAAGAGUUCUAUGCAAGAGUAGGAAGAGCAUGGAAAAGGGGUUAUCUCCUUUAUGGACCUCCAGGGACAGGGAAAUCUACAAUGGUCGCCGCCGUGGCCAAUCUUCUAAGCUAUGAUAUCUAUGAUCUUGAACUGACUGCUGUGAAGGACAACACUGAAUUGAGGAAGCUCUUGAUUGAAACAUCUGGCAAAUCUGUUAUUGUCAUCGAGGAUAUUGAUUGUUCCCUUGAUCUCACCGGACAGAGGAGGAAGAAAACAGAGAAAGAAGAAGUACAAGAAGAAACCAAAGAUCCGAAGCAGAGACCUCCCAAAGAUGAAAGAGAGAGCAGAACCAGUCAGGUUACUCUUUCAGGGCUACUGAACUUCAUCGACGGGCUAUGGUCAGCUUGUGGGGGAGAAAGAGUCAUUGUUUUCACAACAAAUCAUGUCGAAAAACUAGAUCCAGCUCUGAUUCGGAAAGGAAGGAUGGAUAAACAUAUAGAGCUGUCAUACUGUGGAUAUGAAGCAUUCAAAGUGCUAGCUAAGAACUAUCUGAAACUUGAGUCACACCAUUUGUUUUCUAGGAUUGCUACGCUAUUACCAGAUGCCAAGAUGACUCCGGCGGAUGUGGCUGAGCAUUUGAUGCCGAAAACUGCAAGAGGGGAUGCUGAAAUCUACUUGGAAAGUCUGAUUAAAGGGCUUGAAUUGGCUAAAGAGAAGGAAAGAUUGAAAGCUAUGGAAGAAGGGAAAGAGAAGGAAUCGAGUGCGAAGGAAGAAGAAAUUGCAGAAAUGGAGGAGAAUUCAGGUAGAUGAGGGAAAGCAGAGGAAUGGCAUGGAUUCUAUUACGUAGAU